AUGUAGAACAAUCCAUAGAAGCCGCCAUCUCAAGAACUGAUAAUGAGAAUGUCUCAGAGAAUCAACAGAUCUCAACACAACUCAGACAAGGCUAAUUCUUAGUACGAGCAAUCGUAACGCCCAGAGAACUAGAAUGCUACAAAUGAUCCCUAGUACUAGCAGCAAAAUGAUGGGGGAGACGACAAAGAAUCUCCAAUUGUUGCUCUUGAGCCAGAAGAUAACUACAGACAAAAUGGAUCUAACUUUAUGGGCACUAAGAAGAUGAUGACCUAAGACGGUACUUCCGGCGGACCAUAGCCAAGUCUUUACAUUCAAGAGAAGAUCUAUUUGAAGCAAAGAGAACAGGAACACAUUUUGAAGUCAGAGGAGUAUCAUGUAGUAAAGACGAAAGACUUCAACGUAAUUGGCAGACUCAGAUAAGAAAAGCCAUUCGUCAAAGCUAUCGUAAAAUCUCAAGCUUAGUCAGAGCUAAAUGAAAAGUUUAUUACAACCGAAUGUAUUGCAGAUCGCAGAGUUAAAAUUUCUUCAAUGGCUCCAAGACAGUACAUCAACGCUCCAUCAAUUGAAGAUGUGAGAAAGCAAGGCCAGCACUAGAUGAUCCUAUCUGCCAUUAACAAGAAACAGACUUUUGCAGAACUUAUUAACUAAGCCAACUCAAUGGUGACAAGUGUUCUCCACGAUCCUUUGAAAAGAUCUUUGAAUGUAUUGCCAUCAUCUCUUAGGUACGGCAUAGUACAAGCAGGUGAAGCUGUUUACGAACUGAUUAUAACUUGCAAAAAUGAAGACUCUAUUGCUCAGAGAUUCACAAUUAAACCAUUCACUGAUAGAAGAAUCAGAUUCCAACAACUUGACACUGGUGCACUUGCUCCAGGUAUGAUCAGAAAGAUAACUGUCACAGUUCAGUCUAAUGAAGAAUGCACAAUCAAGGACACCUUGCAACUGAUAACUAAGACUGACAUUUUUAAAAUUCCUUUAGAGGCUUAAUUCCUUUCACCUGAGAACUAUCAAAGAGAGAUGCAGGAACAGAGAGCGUUGAGUGGCAAAACUCUAGCCAAUUCAAGAGUUAGAAACAAGCUUAACGAUUCUAUUCAAAAAGGAAGAAUCUCUCAAAGGGGAGAUAGAAUAGGAGGUGCUAGCAUUGAUGGAGCUUCUGAAAUGGACUACAUUGGUGGCGGCCAUGGAAAUGACUGGAUUCAAACCACUAACAGUGAGUCAAAACUUCCAAUAAUUCCUUAGGUCAACUCCAGACCAUUUGAAGUUGACCCAAAGAAGAACCUCAAGGAUCUUCUUAAAAAAUGA